AUGUCUACCACAAUUACUUUACCUGAGGGAUUUACCUACGUUGGUGCGGCCUUGGUGUCUACCUGUUGGGUUCUCGUCUACCAGGUGGCGCAGGUCGGAAGGCACCGCAAGCGUGCAGGAAUUGCGUAUCCCCAACUAUAUGCCGAGAAGGCUGAGGCUCAGGCCUCCAAGGAUGCCCACCUUUUCAACUGUGCACAGCGUGCCCAUCAGAACACACUGGAGAAUCUUCCAGUUGUGUAUCUCACAACGCUUGUUGCCGGGAUCAAAUAUCCUAUUUUCGCCGCUUCCGCCUGCGCCAUCUGGUCGCUGUCUAGGAUCGCUUACACGCGCGGCUACCUUACAGGAGAUCCAAAGAAGGUGAGAUACAACAUUCGCCUGUUUCUGUGGCCUUGUUAA